UAUGACAACAACAACUAAACCACAAUAAAACCCCUCACAAGAUUCAGCAUAUCCACCAUUUUUACCAAAGGCAAAAUCCUCCAUGAUUCUGACCAACCACUACUUUCUUAGUUUCCUCUCCCUCAAUUCUAAUUUUGCCUCUUCAAAUUUUCUCUCAUUAUAUAACCAAUUCAAGUUUUCUGCAAGAAUGCAACUUUAGAUGGACUCCAGAGGAGGAGAUUUCUUGAACUUUUAGUUUUGAAGUACACCUUCAAGUCUGAAACUUUUCAGUGACCUCCUUGCUCAUCUCAGUGUUCUUGGUUCAGCUCGUAGAGAGUGGAGCAAUAGCACCGUAGGAUUAUACAGCUUCAUGAAAAACUGGUCCCGUCUUGCUUGUUGUUAAAAUGAAGAACGUUCAGGAUCAACAGCAGGACAUCAAGCCUAAUAUUGUUUCACAUGAUUCCCAAACUGAGCCGCCAAAUGCCACAGAGGCGGCUAUACCAGACUCAGGUUCAGUCUCGGCAUCAAGCAAUGACAACAGAAAAGUAUCCCGUGAGGAUAUCGAACUUGUGCAGAAUCUAAUAGAACGAUGUCUACAGCUGUACAUGAAUAGAGAUGAGGUGGUAAAGACCCUACUCAAUCGUGCUAGAAUAGAUCCUGGUUUCACAACAUUAGUGUGGCAGAAGUUAGAGGAAGAAAAUGCUGAUUUCUUCCGAUCCUACUACAUAAGGCUUAAGUUGAAGAAACAAAUAAUCUUAUUCAACCACUUGCUAGAGCAUCAGUAUCAUCUAAUGAAAUACCCCGUACCUCCGAAGGUUCCAUUAGCUCCCAUGCAGAACGGAAUCCAUCCAAUGCCUGUCACCAACUUGCCAAUGGGAUACCCUGUUAUACAGCAUCCUCCCGUUCCAGCUACCGGUCAACCUCAUAUCGACCCUAUGGGCUAUUCAACAUCUAGCUGUCACAUUGUCAAUGGUGUUCCUGCCCCGGGAAAUUUUCAUCCUAUGCGAAUGAACUCUGGGAACGAUAUGGUGAUUGACACAAAUACAUCCGAUGUAUCCCCAAUUAUGCCACCAAACAAUGCGAUGUCCUCGAUGUCGGAUAUACCUGUAAGCCCUACAUCAGUGGCAUCAAGCGGCCAUUUCCCGUUUAGCACAUCGGAAAUAUCAGGCAUGGGGGUUGAUGCUUCAGCACUUGACACUGCUUUUACAUCUGAUGUGGCAAGUUCAGUAGGACUGCAGCUCCCUCCGGAUAAUGGAGUUGGAAAUUCCAGAGAUUCCCUCAGGUCCUUGGCUCAGAUUCCCUGGAAUUUUAGUCUUUCAGACCUGACAGCAGAUUUAUCAAACUUGGGAGAUUUAGGAGCUCUCGGAAACUAUCCCGGCUCUCCAUUUUUGCCUUCUGAUUCCGAUAUUCUACUUGAUUCUCCAGAACAAGAGGAUAUAGUAGAGGAGUUCUUUGUCGAUUCUGAUUCUGUGCCAGGGCAAUGCCCACCAUCAGACGAGGAGAAGUCGUAGCUGGGGACCUCAGUUUGCUGAAGUUUGCCAAACUUUAGUCUAAGUUGAGGUUAUGUUUACAAUAAAAUCAUUAAAGGAAACAAUCUUUAUCUAUAUUAGGAUACAACGAUGAGGGCCUAGGUUAUAAUAACUUUUAGACACCACCAGAGAUAUCGGAUAACAUUAACCGCUCCAUCUCUGUUGGCGUUGUAGAAGCAGGCGUUUUAGUUCCCACCCUUUUGUGGUGGAUGUUGUUGUCCUAAUUUCAUGUUUUGAUGGAUUUUCGCACCACAGUUUUUUAUAAACCAAGGUUUUAUCA